AUGUCUCAGAGAACAUUCAAAAUCGCCAUUAUAGGCGCCGGUCCAGCAGGCUGCAUGCUCGCCUGCUUGCUCUCCGAGUCCACCCCACCGCCAAACACCAUCAUUGACAUCACCAUCUUCGAGGGGAGUGCCCGGGAAUAUAUUCCCCUCGAACGAUGCUCCGUGAAGCUUCAUCCGCGCUCUGGGCUUGCAGCCAUAAAAGCCGGCGGCCUGUACGAUGGUUAUUUCUCGAGACUUGAGCGCUCAGACGGUUCGGCCCUUUGCGUCUGCGACAAAGAUCACAAGACGUGGUUCAGGGCAAAGGCGAGCAUGGAAGGGGACCAUGAGAUCGAUCAGUCCAAGCUGCGAAAUUUUCUCUACAAUACUUUUCACAGGGACAAGGUGCGGCACGAGGAGAUCGACGGCGAGCUCAUGAUCAGAAACGUGCGUACUCAGGGAGAGUUGGUCAGGUGGAGGUCCAGACUCGUACGCGUGGUAGAAGAGGAGCCCGAGGAAGGGAAGAGUUACGGCUUGCCGAUGUUGCACUUUGGAUCAGGUGAAGUGAUUGGUGGCUGGGACUUGGUUGUCGGUGCUGAUGGCGGAUGGAGCGUGACCCGGAGGUAUUUGGAUCCUUCGCAAGAGCCACGCUACUCAGGCAUAUCGAAAUACGUUUUCAAUAUUCCUGCAUCAUCGAACAACUUAGAUUGGGCAUCACCAUUGGUGAAAGGAGGCUCGCUGUUUGCGUUUGGAGAAGGCAAGAGCAUCUCUGCACAGAAACUAGGGGACGGCAGCUUGAACGUUGGUGCCUUCUUGAGGUUCGAUUCUCCUCCAUUAAGUCAAAGCUUGACGAAGAAUCAAAUCUUGACCCAGUUUCAGUCCUGGAGUCCUGUGCUCAUGAGGCUUAUUCAGAGUGGGCAGUCGGUGCCUCAGGUUUACCAUCUCCAUCAAUUGCCUGAAGACUUUCGCUGGAACCACAGGCCCGGAGUGACACUCGUCGGGGAUGCAGCGCACCUCAUGACCCCGACAGUCCUCCUAUUCGCAGGAGAAAGUGUGAAUCUGGCCUUUGAAGAUGCCUGGAAGCUCUCUCAAGCCAUAUUAUCAGGCAUCCCUGUUGGAUUCGAGACUAUCGAGACGGUCGCACAAAGCGAAGAUGUCGCUUAUUUAUUAGACUACUCGGAAUCCGAAUACUGCUAUACAACAAUUACUAAAGCACUUUUGCAAAGAUACGAUAUCGGUGAUAGCACUUAA